AUGACCGACUACGAGCACUCCUACCUCAACGACCGCAUCGAAGUGCCGGAGUACUUCAACUUCGGCUUCGACGUCGUCGACAAGUGGGCCGAAGACCGCACCAAGCUGGCCCUGCUGUCCGUCGACCCCACUGGCGAGAAGGCCACGCACCACACCUUCUGGGAACUGAAAACCCUCACAAACCGUCUCGCCAACUCUCUCCGCGACCUGGGCAUAAAGAAAGGCGACCGCGUCUUCAUCAUGCUCCCCCGCAUCCCGGAGUGGUACGUGGCCAUGGUCGCGCUGUUCAAGCUCGGGGCCCUUCCCAUGCCUGCCACCACGCUGCUGACCCCCGGCGACAUCGAAUACCGCAUCAACCGCGCCGAGGCGGUCAUUGCCAUCACCGACGGCGAGAAUGCGGCCAAGGUCGAGCAGGCCGCCGGUGGCUGCGCCGGCCUGAAGUAUCUCCUCGCCACUGGCGAAGACCGCCGCGGCUGGCUCUCCUACGAGCGCAUGGUCGCCGACGGCUCAUCGGCCCUCGAGGGCGUCGAGCCCACCCACAGCGACGACCCGCUGCUCAUCUACUUCACCUCCGGCACCGUCGGUUAUCCCAAGAUGGUGCUGCACACCCAGGCCUCCUGCGCCAUCGGCCACGUUCUAACCGCCAAGUACUGGCACGAUCUGAAGCCCACCGACCUGCACUGGACCCUGUCCGACACCGGAUGGGCCAAGGCCGCCUACGGCAAGCUCUUCGGCCAGUGGACCCUCGGCGCAACGGUGAUGCAGCACGACGCCCGCGGCCGCUUCGACGCCCCCAUGACCCUCCGCAUGCUGGAGCGAUACGGCGUGACCUCCUUCUGCGCUCCGCCCACCGCGUUCCGCAUGAUGGUGCUGGAAGACCUGAAGCAGUACGACCUGAGCGGCCUCCGACACUGCACCGGCGCCGGCGAGCCCCUGAACCCCGAGGUCAUGAAGCAGUGGGAGGACGGCACAGGCCUCACCAUCUACGACGGCUACGGCCAGACCGAGACGGUCCUGCUCGUCGGCAACUACCGCUGCAUGCCCGUGCGCCCCGGCUCCAUGGGCAAGCCCAUCCCCGGCUUCACCAUCGGCAUCGUCGACGAUGAAGGCAACGAGGUCCCCGUCGGCGAGGAGGGUCAGAUUGCUGUUAAGGUCAAGCCAGAACGCCCCCUCGGCCUGUUCCAGGAGUACUGGCGCGACGAUGAGGGCAUGGAACGCUCAUUCGUCGGCGACUGGUAUCUCACCGGCGACAAGGCCUACAAGGACGAGGACGGCUACCACUGGUUCGUUGGCCGCGCCGACGACGUGAUCAUUUCCGCCGGCUACCGCAUCGGCCCCUUCGAGGUCGAGAGCGCCCUCAUCGAGCACCCGGCCGUCGCCGAGUCCGCCGUAGUCGCCAGCCCCGACGCGGUGCGCGGUGAGAUCGUCAAGGCCUUCGUCAUCCUCGCCCCUGACUACGUGCCCUCGGACGAACUCGUCCUGAGCAUCCAAGACCAUGUCCGCAGCACCACCGCGCCCUACAAGUACCCCCGCUCCGUAGAGUUCGUGACUGACCUGCCCAAGACCGUCAGCGGCAAGAUCCGCCGCGUCGAGCUCCGCGAAAUGGAGUUGGAGCGUUCCCGCGCAUCCUGA